GUGUCUCCCGAGGGCUCAGCGACUGCGGCAGCAGACAGUGUCCAUCCUGCCCCCAGUCGGUCCAAGGGCUUGUCCUACUUCCAUCUGUGCGCCCAGCCCUCUCUCCCUUUCUCCAUCUUUCCUGUAUUCUCUCUACACACUGCUGUGUGUCUCCUCAGCAGGUAAAUGGCAAGCAAGAAGAAAGAAGUCCAGUUACAGACAGUCAUCAAUAAUGAAACUCUUUGGGAAGAAAUGCUACAGAACAAAGGCCUAACAGUCAUUGACGUCUAUCAAGCUUGGUGCGGACCUUGCAAAGCAAUACAAACUUUGUUCCGGAAACUGAAAAAUGAGCUUUCAAAUGAGGAGGAGCUUCUGCAUUUCGUUGUGGCAGAAGCAGACAGCCUGGCGACCCUGCAGCCGUUCAGAGAUAAAUGUGAGCCCGUUUUCCUCUUCAGCCUUAAUGGCAGAAUUAUAUCAAUGGUCAAAGGAGCAAAUGCACCAUUGUUAAAUGCUAAAGUGACUCGACUAAUAGAAGAUGAAAAGAAAAUUUUAGCAGGAGAAAUGAUCCGCCCAGUGCUUCCUGAAUUAGUACUGACAGAUUCAGAAGAAGAAGAUGUGGUUGAAACUCCAGAAGUACCUGUGGAGGAUAUAUACAAUGUAUUGGUAAUAAGACCAAGUGCUGUGGAAGAGGAAAGAGUAGAAGAAAUUAGACAAAUGAUUGUGGAUUUUGGUGUUCUCAUAGUAGCAGAGGAGCAGAGGAUCCUAGAUGAUGAGCAAACUAGAGAUUUUUAUCAUGAGGAUUCAUACAAGUUUGAUUUUGAAGACUUUGUCUUAUAUACAACAAGUAACCCAAGUUACAUUCUGGGCAUUUCCCUGGGAUCCCCGGUGAAAGAAGCUAAAAAAGGAGAAGGAGAAGGAGAAGAAAAAAAAAAGGAAGAGUCAGAAGAAAAAGAAGGUCAACCAGAAGAAAAAGGAGGUCAACCAGGAGAAAAAGAAGAUCAACCAGAAGAAAAAGAAGGUCAACCAGAAGAUAAAGAAGGUCAACCAGAAGAAAAAGAAGGUCAACCAGAAGAUAAAGAAGGUCAACCAGAAGAACCAAAAGAGGAAGAAGAGGAGAAACCAAAAAGUAUACGAGAGCUGUUGGAAAAGCGGGAGCUAUUACCUGUUUGCGAUCUCGUAGACGUUCCAGAAAAGGCGAGGAGGCAUCUCAUUCUAUUUUUUCCAGAUUUUGCUAAAUCAAAAGAUCUCGAACUGUUUGUUGAAAGGACACUGGCUAUAAUCAGACCUGAUGUCUUACAGGGAGAUGUUGAGGCUGUCCUAGAGCUCCUCCAGAAAGAAGGCUUUGUUGUAAAAAUGAAAAAAUACUUGUCCUUGACUGAGGAGGAAGCCAAACUGAUCUACGAUCAAUACAAGUACAGAGACUACUUCUCAGCUCUGAUAGAACACGUGUCCAGUGCUCCAGUUGUGGCACUUUGUUUAGAGCGAGUAAAUGCUGUGCAUCGCUGGCGAUAUAUACUCGGCCCAACGGCUGAUGAUGAAAACCCUACCAGUUUGCGGGAGAUUCUUGGCCCAGAAAAUUGUCAGUUUAAUCAACUACUUGGAAAAGAUUCCCCAGAGGCCUCAACUGAAGAAAUUCGCUUCUGCUUUCCUUAUGAGCACACAGUGACAUUGAUCAAGCCUCAUGCCUUCCAAGACCUGAGGGGGGGUAUCAUAAGACAGAUUCAAGAAAGUGGUUAUUCAGUGUCCCAUAUGAAGGAAAUCCAGUUAAAUGCAGACAAGGUGCGGCAACUUUAUAAGGCUCAUGAAGAAAAAGAUUUCUUUGAGGACUUAUUGCUUCACAUGACUGAGGGUCCCUGCAUGGCCAUGAUAAUAAGUAAGGAGAAUGCAGUGGAGGAAUGGAGAAAGUUAGUUGGCCCAACAGACCCAGAAGAAGCAAGAAAGGUUGCCCCUCAGUCCGUCCGGGCCAUCUUCGGGAAGGACAUCUUGGACAAUGCGGUACAUGUGUCAUCUACCAAAGAACAUGCCCUGAAGACCAUUGAGCUGUUAUUCGGAGACAUAGAUUUGGACUUCGUGGAGCAUGAAAUGUAAGGGCUCCCAGCAGAUGUCGCUCCAUUUCAUCCACAUGGGUAACAGAAACGAAAUGUGUGGUAAGCCUUCCUCCUGCAGCAACAGCCGCCUCUUGGGGGAAAGUAACAGCGAUAUCAACAAAAAUAAAACAAAACAAAAUGAAACAAUCCUCUCAAACUGG